AUGGAGACUCUGAAAGACAAGACCCUGCAGGAGCUGGAGGAGAUGCAGAAUGACCCGGAGGCAAUUGACCGGCUGGCGCUGGAGUCCCCUGAGGUCCAGGACCUGCAGCUAGAGCGGGAGAUGGCACUGGCUACAAACCGGAGUCUGGCUGAGCAGAACCUGGAGUUCCAGAGUCCUCUGGAGAUCAGCCGUUCAAACCUUUCGGACAAAUACCAGGAGCUCCGGAAGCUUGUGGAGCGGUGCCAGGAGCAGAAGGCAAAGCUGGGUCCUGACCUCUGUGUCCAGGACUGGCCAUCUGUGAAGGUAGGAGGGGCUGUCCUGGCCUUGACGGCCAUGGCGGAGAAGUUCCUGGAGGGCGAGGUGCCCUUGGAAACGUUUCUGGAGAACUUUUCCUCCAUGAGGAUGCUGUCCCACCUGCGCCGGGUGCGCGUGGAGAAGCUCCAAGAUUUGGUGAGGAAGCCCAGAGCUUCCCAGGAGCUGGCCGGCAGUGCCCCUCCAUCCCGCCCACCACCCCCGCCUCGCCCAGCCUCCCAGGCGACACCCCCUGUGACCGAAGAGCCACCACUGCCAUCAGUCACACCUCCCUACCCUUUGCCCUACAGCCCAUCUCCUGGCCUGCCUGUGGGUCCCACCGCCCAAGGAGCUCUGCCACCGGCCCCUUUCCCUGUGGUGUCCCAGCCCUCCGUCUCCUAUGGUGGGCCUUUGGGUCCUGCUUACCCCUCAGCCCAGCCAGGACCAAGGGCUGCUGCGGGCUUCUCCUGGUCCCCACAGCGGAGCAUGCCUCCCCGGCCGGGCUAUCCCAUGGCCCAAACUGGUGCCUCUGGCCCCGGGUACCCCUUGGCAGGGGGCCAGACCCCCAAUCCUGGUUAUCCUCAACAGUCCCCCUACCUCCCAGCAGGAAGAAGACCUCCCUACCCAAUGCAGCCCCAGCUCCCAAGCUUCCCAGCACAGCCCCAGCCCUCAGUUCCCCCGCAGCCCCCAUAUCCCCCAGGACCCGCUCCUCCCUAUGGCUUUCCACCGCCUCAGGGGCCUGUCUGGCCUGGGUAUUAGACACAGACACGGUCCUGGCCCUCGGCCCCA